UUUUGCCCCACUGGCAACAAUUGUUGCCAAAGUUUAUCACUGUCAUUUUCGACUCACAAUAAAAAAUCUCAAAGGUACUAAUGCAACUUUUUCCACUUAUAUGCUAGUAGACAACUUAGACAAAGGUUUUGAUUUUUAAAAAAUCGUUUCCAAGUGCUUCCUAUCGCAUGACAUCAUCUGCUUCCCGCUCUUUCUGGCUGAAGACAUGGCGGAUGCAAAUCAUCCUGGAAAGAGGUACACCGUAGCAGAGAUCCUGGCCAUGCUGCAGGACUCUGAAACUGUGGCGGACAUCACAGUUGUGCCUGAGUCAGAAAUGCACGCACAUGACACAGACUGUGACAGUGACCAAUCUGAUGAUGAGGCCACUGGUGACCAUAACCGCCUCCCAUCAAGAAUACUCAAAGGUGAAGGCUUUCUACCUAAUUCGGACAUGCAGCUGCCAAAUCCCCCCGAUGAUGAUCCUGGGUGCUCAUCCUCAGUGAGUCAGACAGAGACUAGAAAGGUCAGUGGCACAAAUGAAAAUGUGACCAGUCAGAUUGUUGGGCCCAUGCUCCACAAAACUAAGAACCAAGACAGGAAAUUCAAAAAAAUCAAAAUUGCGGCCAAAGCACCAGCACAAGCCAACAAAAAAUAUCAGAUCCCUCGCUAUGUCCCCAAAGAACAUGAUCCUGGCUUCACAUCAGAUGAUCCAGUGGAUAUCUUCCUCACAUUUUAUCCCAAGUCCCUCAGAGAUGUCACACUGGAAAUGUCCAAUCUCUACGCUGAACAAAAAGGGAAAACGCUCAACCUGACUGAGGAUGAACUUCUUACAUUCUACGGUAUUCUGUUGAUCAGUGGAUACAACACAGUCCCAAGGCGGCGUCUUCUCUGGUCAGACGAUUGUGAUGUCAGACCUUCAAGAAGACACCCAGAGGAGAUGCUGAGUAUCUGGUUGAGGCAGAGAAGCUGA